AUGGGACCCCAAGCCAGGGCAGUCUGCUCCCUGCUCUUCCUGAUGCAGGUUCUGGGUGAGCCGGCCGAGAGCUCGGAAUUCCACCUGGCUGGGGAUUACCUCCUGGGUGGCCUCUUCACCCUCCACGCCAAUGUGAAGGGCAUCGUUCACCUCGACUUCCUGCAGGUGCCCAAGUGCAAGGAGUAUGAGACGAAGGUGCUGGGCUACAACCUCAUGCAGGCCAUGCGCUUUGCGGUGGAGGAGAUCAACAACCACAGCAGCCUGCUGCCCGGCGUGCUGCUGGGCUACGAGCUGGUGGACAUCUGCUACAUCUCCAACAAUGUCCAGCCUGUGCUCUACUUCCUGGCCCAGGAGGAUGAUUUCCUGCCCAUCCAGGAGGACUACAGUCACUACAGGCCCCGCGUGGUGGCUGUCAUUGGCCCUGACAGCUCUGAGUCCGCCAUGACUGUGGCCAACUUCCUCUCCCUUUUUCUCCUUCCACAGAUCACCUACGCCGCUAUCACCGACGAGCUGCGCGACAAGCUGCGCUUCCCCGCAGUGCUGCGCACCGUGUCAGGCGCCAGUCACCAGAUCGAGGCCAUGGUGCAGCUGAUGCUGCAUUUUCACUGGAACUGGAUCAUCGUGCUGGUGAGCAGCGACAACUACGGCCGCGACAACAGCCAGAUACUCAACGAGCGCCUGGCCGGCAGCGACAUCUGCAUCGCCUUCCAAGAAGCGCUGCCCACACCGCAGCCCAACCAGGUGGUGACGCCCCAGGAGCGCGAGCACUUGGAGACCAUCGUGGACAAGCUGCAGCAGAGCUCCGCCCGUGUGGUGGUGCUCUUCUCCCCAGACCUGGCCCUGCACAACUUCUUCGGCGAGGUGCUGCGCCGGAACUUCUCCGGCGUCGUGUGGAUCGCCUCCGAGUCCUGGGCCAUCGACCCAGUCCUGCACAACCUCACCGAGCUGCGCCGCACGGGCACCUUCCUGGGCAUCACCACCCAGAGCGUGCUCAUCCCUGGCUUCGAUGAGUUCCGCCUGCGCCGCGCCCAGGCCGGAAAGCCUGCGUCCAACACGACCGGAGUGAAGGCCACCUGCAACCAGGAGUGUGACACCUGCCUGGACACCACCAUGUCUUUCAACACCCUCCUCACGUUCCCGGGCGAGUUCAUGGUGUACAAUGUGUACUCGGCUGUCUACGCCGUCGCCCACGCACUGCACAGCCUCCUGGGCUGCAGCCGGACCAACUGCUCCAAGGAGGUGGUCUAUCCCUGGCAGCUACUUCAGGAGCUCAAGAAGGUUAACUUCACCCUCCUGGGCCACCAAAUCUUCUUCGACCAGGAAGGGGACCUGCCUAUGCCCAUAGAGGUCAUCCAGUGGCAAUGGAACGAGAGCCGGAGCCCAUUCCAGAGCAUCGCCUUCUACCACCCCACGGAGCGGCUGCUGAAGGACGUGGACAAAGUCUCCUGGCACACCCCCGAUGACUCGAUCCCCGUGUCCAUGUGUUCCAAGGACUGUCAGGCUGGGCAAAAGAAGAAGGCCGUGGGCAUCCACACCUGCUGCUUUGAGUGUCUUGACUGCCCCGCUGGCACCUUCCUCAAUAAAACUGCAGAUGAAUUUGACUGCCAGCCCUGCCCAAGUAACCAGUGGUCCCACAAGAAACACACCUCCUGCUUCAAGCGGCAACUAACCUUCCUCCAAUGGCAUGAGGCAUCCACCAUUAUUGUGACCAUGAUGGCUGCCUUGGGCUUCCUCUGCACUCUGGCCAUCCUCAUAAUCUUCUGGAAGCACUUCCAGACGCCCGUGGUUCGUUCAGCUGGGGGCCCCAUGUGCUUCCUGAUGCUGAUACCACUGCUGGUGACAUACACGUUGGUCCCCGUGUACAUCGGGCCGCCCACAGUCAUCACGUGCCUCUGCCGCCAGGUCCUGUUCACGCUCUGCUUCACCAUCUGCAUCUCCUGCAUCACUGUGCGCUCUUUCCAGAUCGUCUGCAUCUUCAAGAUGGCAAGCCGCCUCCCACGUGCCUACGGCUACUGGGUGCGCUACCAUGGGCCCUACCUCUUUGUGGCGUUCAUCACGAUGCUCAAGGUAGUCAUUGUGGCCGUCAGCCUGCUGAUCACAAACAUCAGCCCCACCGCCCGUGCCGACCCCGAUGACCCCAAGAUCAUGUUCAUAUCCUGCAAUCCCAACUACCGCAAGGGGCUGCUGUUCAACACCAGCCUGGAUCUGGUCCUCUCCGUGGUGAGCUUCAGCUUUGCCUACAUGGGCAAAGAGCUUCCCACCAACUACAACGAGGCCAAGUUCAUCACCUUCUGCAUGAUCUUCUACUUCGCCUCCUACGUCUCCCUCUGCACCUUCAUGUCUGUCUAUGAGGGGGUCCUGGUCACCAUCCUGGACCUCUUGGUCACUGUGCUCAACCUCCUGGGUAUCAGCCUAGGCUACUUUGGCCCCAAGUGCUACAUGAUCCUCUUCUACCCAGAGCGCAAUACGGCAGCCUAUUUUAAUAGCAUGAUACAGGGCUAUACUGUGGGGAGGGACUAG